AUGGCUCCAGCGCCACCAUGGUCUGAUCUCCACAUAGAACUGCUCUCUCUUGUUUUUGAAAAAUAUGAAGAUGAUUAUGAAUAUCUAUCAUCUUGUGCAAGUGUUUGUCUUUCUUGGCGCUCGGCCAUCGACAAAUUGUCCCAACGUCUUCUACCGAAACUCCCAUUCCAACUAUUACUCAUGACUGAUGAUAUUGAUCACCAAGACAAUGGCAGCCGUGUCUACCUCAUUGACAUCCAAAACCUUAAAACCCACAAAAUUCAAAUUAAUCCAGAGCUACAUGGUAGAUGGGUUCAGAGUUGCUCUUAUGGUUGGCUGCUAGCGAUUGGUCGUGCUUGGCCACAUGAAAUCAAUCUCCUGAACCCCAUCACCGGAGCCCGGAUUAGGCUUCCACCAGCAGGGAAUCAGUUCAAUCCAAGGCAUGGAUUUGCGGUGGUCACAUCUGGAAACCCCUUAGAUUCUAAUUGCAUGGUUGUAGGCAUACACUCGUGGGACCAAGAACUAGUCGUUUGCAAAUCAGGUGACCGAACUUGGACAAGAAUCAAGCAUUCUUGUCCAAAGAAUGUGUUUUUCUCCAAAGGGAUAUUUUACAGGGAUGAGUUUUAUGUAAUGACUUAUCCCAACAUUCGACAUAAUGAUUUUAUCGGUCGUAUACGCAGUGACCUGAAUAAUUCAAGUCCUCUCUUCAUGGAGGAACUUAUACGGAUGCCUCCUCCUUUUCUUAUGGCGGGGUUUUCAUUUCGUGGAUAUGGAUCCAUUUGCAGUUACAUGGUGGAGUUGAUGGAUGAUUUGUUAAUAGUCUUCAAACAUAUGUAUUUGAAUCCACAAGACAAGAGUAGAAGAUUUCAGGUAUAUAGAUUGAAGUGGGAGGGUGGGAAGGAAUGGGUUCCAGUGAAAAGUUUAGGCAACAAUGGGAUUUACCUUGAUCGUCCAUCUUCUAUAUCUGUCUCGAUUGGGGUGGAUAAUAGUAGAGAAUGCAGAGCAAAUUGUAUCUACUUUGUUGAAAGAUCAUACCAAUGCAUCAAUCGUGGUGUCUAUGACAUGGAAACGCAGAUUACUCAAUGGUCGUCAAUUCAUAUAUAG